UAUCAUAUAAAUGAUAGUGUAGGACCAAUCGAGUGCUCAAUUCUGUCUUUGGAAAUUCCAUGUAACAGGUGAAUCGACAUUAUCCGUUUAUCCUCAUUGUAAGCACUUAUUUUGUGGACCAACUGAUUGGAUAAUGCCUCUUGAUUUUUGUGCUAAAUUCAUUCAUUCAUUCAGUUACAAAUCAUUUUUGCAUUACUGCUGAUGUACUUACUGUACUCUGCCAGUUAUAAUACCAACUAUUUUCCACUACUUGUUCACUACUUGUUAACCACAUAUCUCCUCAGUGUUAUUCUCGAAAGCAGACACUUUUUCAAUUUAAUCUGCUAUCAAUUUGACCGAUUUAAUAAUCCCAUAUAUCUAAUGAUGGAUUGGAGAACAAGGCUUAAUUCACGUGUGUGUUUGUCACACACUCAAUUGGUGUGAGUGUUUUGUAGGAUUGAUUGGGAGGGUGAACAUAUAGAAAUGAUCACACGAUUUUCUCGUUGUAGCAGCUCACAUCAAAUUGUAUAUUGGUAACUAGAAGAAUAAAAUAAUCAAAACUUGUCAGUCCUAUUCGCUCAUCAUCAUUCAUCUUCUAUGUGAUUUAUGUAUUAUCGAUCGGUAAUUUGUUGUUUGUUUGUUUGUAAGAAAUUGAUUUUUCAUUAUUUAUUGAAUUACUGAAUAAGAAGACAAGGUAAUGAGAAACAUAUUUCAUGUUAUUGAACAAUGUGUAGCGUGGCAUCGAGUCCCAGUUGACUAUUAACACCGCUACCAAGAAAACACAUGUCAAACAAAUCAGAAGGCGGAUUAGAACCAAGUUUAUUCAAUUGGCGAUUCCGAGGUAUCGAAUGAAUAUCAAGAUCGUGCCAAGAAAUGGUACAAGCGAAAGCAAGGGAACGGAGUACGUGCGAACAAAGCCAAAAACCGCGAAACAAUGAUGGGAGGUAUGGAAGCACAAAAUGGCUGUAAUUAGCACAGUUAAACAAAAACACAUUAAAACAAGCACUGGUACAGUUGGUUAUAAUAAUGAUUGUUUUCAUUAAAUCAAUCAUGUUCUCGUAAUAAAAGUAAGUCACUACAUAUGUUUAAUCAAAGCUUAGCACAACUGGAAUUAUAUCGUUAAUGUCAAAUGAACAUUUUAAAAAUCUAUUCAUCACGAAACUGUGUUAAAUAGAAAUUUUCGAAAAAUAAAUAGAAAAUUAGUCUGUUUUUGUUGUUGUUGAGAUUUUUAUCAGGAAAAGAAAUUGAACAAUCUGAGAAAAUUUAUAGGAAAAUCAACUCAUUACAUUUGAACAUGAAUAAAGUAAUAUGUAACAAAUUGUAAUGGUGGUAUACGUAACACUGAAUUUACUUUGUCGGUUCAUCAAUAAUACCGUAAUGUAGGCUGUCAGUUUUAAAAAAAAUACAACAAAGUUAUUUCUUUGAACAGGGACAAACAUGUAAUGACAGUGUGUUCAAGAAAUUCAUCUCUACACAUCAACUACAUGAGGUUGAAAUACUUAUCCAAAAACAACGAAGACAAUUUGCAAUUGAAACGCAGUGGACGAAUGAAUAAUCACCAGUUACAACUAGUGACUUCGUAACAACAGGAGUAAAAUAAGAAUUAAUCAUUGAUAUUUGACCUAGACAGUUUUAGUUGAAAUAGACUUGAAAAUGGAAGAAUAAAAUUGAAAGUAAUUUGAUGAUGACCAGAGAGAAGAGAGAAGUCAUACAAACAAAUGCUAGGUGUGGAAUCUGUUCAUUAUGUUCAUAAAGAACCAAUCCAAUGUUUGUUUAAACUCCUACUACGUUAAUCUGGUCUGAUGUGUCUGUCAACUAUCCCUCUUACAUGUGACCUACCAAUUGAACGCCUUUAUUAUCCUAUAGUGUUAGUGUGACUCAUCAUUUUUAUUCAUUUCGAUAAGACACGCAUUACUGGGUGGUAUGUUUGUGCGUUUCACCUUGUGGAGAUAGGCCUGACAAGCUUAUUUUGUAAAUAGUUUUUAAUAUUAUUUGUAUUUAUUUUGUCAAUCUUUCACUGAUUGUACCUGUUGUUUUAGUAAAUGACCAUGAACACGCUUUCCGUUGUGAUACUAAAAUAAGGUGACACACUUGUGGUUGUUCACAUUUACCUCAUCGGAGUUAUUACUCAUUUAUAAUUGUGGAUUUUGGUACCAAAACUCAACGGAAUACGCGACAACUAGCUGAUUUAAGUUGCUUGAUUAUGAUCAAUACAGCUCGGAAGUCAGCUUGUGCAUCAAGACAACCAUCAACACCAAUACUAACACCGUCGAAAGAGACCACAGUCACACGAUACACAACUGAGGAGUCGAGUGAAUUAACCGAAUUGGUAUUGAGAUAUCGAGAUGUUUGGAAAGACAAGAGUCGUCCAUCUGCAGUUCUUCAGAAACAAUUGUGGAUGCAAUUCGCACAUUACUUACACUCGAAGGGAUGGCCGAGAAGAAACUGGACUCAUCUGCGUCGAAAGGGUCUGCACAUGCUGAAGAAACUCAAUAACACGACAAUCAAUCAGUGGGAAGUGUCGAAAAGCAAUCCCAAUUCACCUGAAAAUCCCUCCAACCACACGUCACUCUCCAGUUCCAAUGAAAAUCGACACGUGAACGUGAACGGACAAAGUGACUCGGUGACCGAGAAUCAGUCGAGUGUGCAUCAAAUCAACUUGCCUACACUCACCCCUCACCAGUGGUAACCAUCACCUCCAAACAUCCCACAUCAACACUCAGUCCUCCUACAAACCAUGUGCAACCGAAUCCUCCACACACAACUGGUCCAAAAAUCCUGAACGCAUUCUCAACAGCUCACAUGUCUCAACAACUGGUGAUUCCACAUGAUGCCGGAGUGCUGCAACCAACCACCACCACCAUCAACAACAACAACACGGUUGGUGAGGUGACGAUCAACCCUAACCGAGUCGCGCUACUGACUCCUCUCCAAUGUGUCUCGUUCGGAGUCGCGAAAACCCAUACUACAGACGUAUCUCCUAUUCAAGAAGUGAAUAUCUCGAACUCACCAUCCAACCAAACGAGUCGCAUUCCUCUGACUGCAACAAUUGAUUUAUCAACGUGGAGUGAGGACGAGGAGAGCUGUUCAGAGUUGAGUGGAACGCGAAAUCAGGCGAACACGAAUGACGUGAAUGAUUUUGAUGAAAAUGCCAAGGAUUGUAUCACAUCCGAAUGUGAGAGAACCCCAUUGUCAGAGAUGUUGAUUCACAAGCAAAUGAAGUGUCUAGAUCUGAAGAUUGAAAUUCUCCAGAUGAAGAAGCAAUAUUGGUCCGAGAAACUGAAUUCAUCAUCGAAAAGCUGAAUGUUUGGUGAAAGCCAAUCUUCACAUGAACUACCAUUGUGAUUGUCAUCAAUUCUAUUCACAUAUGAAUAGUAAAUUCAAUUGUAAAUUCAAUUUAUACAUAUUUAUGUAUAGGUAUUGUGACUGACGAAGAUUGUUUUCCUUUUCAUCAUUAUUGUCUAUUCGUGGUGUGUGUGCGUGUGUGUGAAGUUGUCUGUCAGUUAGUCAUUUUGUUUCGAAUCCAUUUGAAGUGGACUGUUGUUCAAUACUGCUUUGUUUCAAAUGUUCACUACUCUAUUGACUACUCUGUUGCAUACUGUACAUAAUUAAAUUUAAAUGUUGGUUUUGUAAAACUCUUAUUUUGUCUUUGAAUUAAUUUAUGAACGUCGUGGACAAUUGGUUGUGUGGAUGACGGAUGAUACUUGACUUUGAAUACAAAUAUGUUAGAACUUUGUCAAUUUUAUUUCUUAUCAUGGUGAUCAAUUGGUUUGAUUUGUAUUUAUUCUAGUGAUUUCUGUGUAAUUAACUGCUUCAUUGAUAUUUCAUUUAUGAUACAUAUUCGAUAUAUGUGUAGAGUUGAUGUCAACUUGAAAUUCUUGAUGACCACAUGUGACGGAAAUAGGAGAGAAUAAACGGUCUAAUUUGAAUGAUGAUGUCAAUGAUAAUAAUAAUAAUAAUGAUAAUGUUGAUCUUUGUUUUCGAAUAGGUUCACUCUGUUUCCUGUUAACUUGUUUGUGAAAUGACUUAUUCACAGAGCAUUUGUGUAAACCUUCAUUGCCUGUUCUGCACAAUUUCAACUAUGUCCUAGUUAAUGGUGGAGGAAUCAUGAGGAGUAGGUAGAAUAGAAUAGAAUAAUUGACUGAUGAUUGAGUUUUAUUUCGUGUUCAACGUGUAUGUGGAAAUUUGUACAGUUGACUGUUGUAUUUUGUCGAAUAUGAUUUAGAGAACGAUUUGUUAGAAUUGUUUUUGAAUGUGUGAUUUGUUCGACGAUGUUUUCUCGUUCGUAAGUCAACUAGUUUGAUAAUAUCAUUAGGUUAUCAGUCAGUUGGAUUGAGGUGCACAUGUCGAAUCUUCAUUGCUAGUGAUUGAUCAUUUAGGAAUCGUGACGACUUUACAUAAUGAACGAGUUCUCAGUUAUAUUGAUUUAAGCGUAUAUUGUCAAGAUGUGUUGAUCGAACUUAUGUGUAGUAAGUUGUAUAAUGGAGCGGUAAAAUUGUGGAAGUGUGGUGUAUACUUCGGUGGUUUACAUGAAUAUGUGAAUUGUUAUAUCCUAGUGAAGAUUACGUUGCGAGUAACGUCUGAGACUUAUUAAUGUACUAUUAUUAUUUAUAUAUUCUCAUGGUAUAAAUAUUCAGUAACUAGAUUAUGUAUAUCUAUAUUCCCCUUGUUAUAAGCUUUAUUUUGACCUAUAUAUUAUUAUUGUACGAUUUACGGUUCUUAGGCUAUGUUCAAUUUAUUAACUACUGCCUCCCACAUUCACAGCCACUUUUUGGCUUUAUUGUGUACAAAUGUUAUUUCCUAUUUUGUGGUGCGUUGCAGUCUGUUUGUUUGAUAUAUAAAUACAGUAUGUUUGAAAUAUAUGAUUGGCAUAGUGGAAGAUGGUAUUGGUGUUCUGGACUCAAGUGGACGAGCUAGGCGGACAUAGGACCAAUAAGGACGCUAGGCUGCCCAUACCCGCCGAACGACAUUGGUUUGGCACAGUGCUAAGAUUGUAUAAGUCGUAUUUUGACUGGUGGAUAAAUCACGUGAUAACUAGCCGGCCAUAAAGUCACAACAUGAAUAUUUGACUGAAAUGCAAUCGGGAGUGGAAAUUAAGAAAUUCAACCGAUGAGACAUUAAAGAAUUGUAAAUUGUCGAUUUAACAUAGUGUUCAUCGGUGGUGAGACUAUUUAUAAAUGCGAAAUAAUGAUAAGGAGACAGGUUGAUGUUCGGCAGUCGUGGAUCCACUGUGAUAGAUGGUUAACGAAUGAAUACACAACAAAUAGGAUGGAUAUCUAAUCAGAAUGAUUUCUUAUGAAUUCAUCAAGCACAUUUCUGUAAGUUUGGAUCUACUUGUAUAUUACCAUCACAGAUUGUGUGUAAGUACCCUGACAAAUUGACUCUUGCAACGCAUUAUCAUGCGUCUUAUCUAUAGGUGGUAAUAAGGUAUUAUACAUAUUGUAAUUGUUAGCUGGGUUGUCAUGAGUUUAGAGACAACAAUUGUUUUGAUGUGUUCAGGAGUUAGUUGGUAACUGUUGGAUAUAGUUAACCAAUAUUCAACAGAAAUUCCCCACCAUUAUUGAAUAAUCGAAUUCAAAUCUUGUUUAAUUACUCAACUUGGUAAUUUUAUAUAUGAUCUGUCGAACAUCAUUUGAUUGAUCGUCUAUUCCGAUGCGACACUUGUUUCUCUUAAUAUUUCUUUGAGUUGUUCAAUCAUUUGUUUAUUCUGUCUGCCACACGGAAUUCAUCGAAACAUUUUGGAUAACAUUUAGUAAACCGUGUGCUCGAAAAAUAUGUGAUGACUCCAGGCGGAGUUAAUGUAAAUUGUAAUAUCUUUCUGAUUGAAUUGUUUAGUGAGAGGAUUCUCGAUUCUCAUAUUGCUUUUGUUAAACUUUUGUGUGGAUAGAUUUGGUAUAGAAAGUGUUUUACGGUUAAUUCAUUUGUAACUGUUAGAAAUUUGUGGACUAGUUGAAAAGCUAUUUUCUUUCUUGAGUAUGGUUUCAAUACGGUAUAAACGUGUGAUACUCUACAGAAGGAAGAACGUCUUUGCAUUUCUAUUCAGAUGAAUAUUUUGAUCAGUAGAAGUUUGAUAUUUACUUAUUGUGAUGAUUUUGGAAAUUGUGCACGAGCAUUUCCCGAUCGCUUCGGAUUUGUA